AUGGCAAACAGCCUCGAGGCCAAGAUUGUGGUGCUCGGGAGCCAGGGCGUGGGCAAGACGUCGCUGGUGCACCGUUACGUCAAAAAUGCCUUCACACCGCCCACGACCCAGUCCACCAUAGGCGCCUCUUUCGUGACGAAGAAGGUCGUCGAUAUCGACACCUCCACAACUGUGCGCCUCCAGAUUUGGGACACGGCGGGACAGGAGCGGUUCCGGUCCAUUUCGAAACUAUACUACAGAGGCGCAAAUGCGGGAGUCUUGUGCUAUGACAUCACUGAUCCCUCGUCGUUCGAGGAAAUGGGCCGCUGGCUGAAAGAGCUUAAGCAGAACCUGGGCGACGAUAUAAUUCUGCACAUCGUAGGCACAAAGUCCGACAUCGUCGCGGAAGAUCCUUCGAAGCGCCAGGUCCCGUUCGAACGCUGUAUUGCUUACGUCGCUGAACACUUGUAUCCAAACCACGUCACACCAGGCCACACCGCUCCCGCAGCAUGGCACAACGGGGGCAUGGCAUCACCUCAGAGCAACCGUUCGAGCGGAAUCUGGGGCCAAGAGGUCGGAUGGGACUGCUGCCAUGAAAUCAGCGCCAAGGACGGAGAGGGUGUGGACGAGGUGUUCCGAGUCAUCACCAGGAAGCUGGUCGAACAACAGCAGAAGAAAUUCCAACAGGAGCAGGAAAUGUUUGCACUGGCCGGCGUCACACCCGGCGCAAAUGGAAACGGCAACAUGAACGACUACUUUAACUAUCCUGGCAGCGGCAGCGGCAGUUUUCGCGUCGGAGUGGGCGACAAGAGACGCAGUUGGAUGGGCUUCCCAACAACGCCGAACAUCGGAGGCGAGCCGCAGCAGCAAUGGUUGGAGGGCGAUAACGAGAGGAUCCGCAAAACCAAGGGAGGAAGGUGUUGUUGA